GUCUCGACCUAAGUUUACUAGCCGCGCAGUAUAUCAUGUCGAUUGCCAGCCUAGAGAUCGUGCGCACCAGGCAUGGUCUUCCAGUAGGCCGGUUCCAAGAAAAAAACAACUUCCUGUAAACACAUGAGCGUUGCUCGGUCGUAGUGCGCAAAACUGCUUUAGGACACGUCUCGUCGUCAUCUAGAGUCACCACCUAGAGGAUCAUAAGGCACAAAUUCCUGUAGUCAGAAGAUGCGUCGGCUUCGCACGGUUCCGCUUUUGCUGCUGGCGGCGGAGCCACUCAAGGUCCUUGUGCAGAGUAGAACCGUCCCGAAACCACCGCGCAGGGCCGACGGAGACGCUGCUCCAACCACCACGGUGCGGCAAUUGAAGGGGCUCAUGCAGCGCUUGCACUCCGUCGACCCACAUGCAUUUGACCUGCUCGGUGACGCCGUUGCAGCUGAUAAGCAACAACUCAACCUAGCGAAGAACGGGCUCCAGCAGCCCAAUGGUGCGACCACCAUCUCGCUAGCUCGUUUGGAAAAAAUGAGUGCCUCUACCUCCAGCAGUGACGUUGUGAAACAACUGUCCUCGGUUCUUGCCUCCAUGAAACGGAAAAGUCCCAAGGAAUUUGGCCAGGUAUUGAACCUCGUGAAGGAAGUGAAGAGCUCGGACAAGAAGAAAGACCAAAAUACCCAGCACCUUUCCAGCGCGUUCCUGCAACUCUCAGCCACUGCGGCAAAACUGAAAACCGAGCUGCAGACAGCAAUUUUCAGUCGCGGCAAGGCCAUGCAAAUGAAGCAGCUCAUCCAUGAUGUGCGGAAACUGGACCCGGCUGUAGUGGCGAAGGACGAAGCAAAGCUCAGUGGCCUGGUCUCCAAACUGCACGGAAUGGAUCCGAAGACGGCGGACAUGGUGCAGGCCUUGGUAAGCUGCGAGGGAUGCAUGAUUCAAAUCGGAAUCCGCUUGCUUUCUUGUCUUGUUGCUUGUUCGUCGUCCUCGCGGCCCAUGAAUUAAUAAGCUGUUACAACAUACAGAACUGCUUACUGCGUCACAUCACUGACUUUGGAACGUCGACGAGAACGACCUUUAUCGACGUCGUUCACAGACAAUCUACAAAGAAUCAAAACCUAAAUUAACCAUAAACUCAAUACAGUUGAGCGCCGUGAUGUCGUCAUCCGCAAAAGCGCGGUCGCUGAAGAAGGGCGCGGCUGCAGGCGCUGGUAAGGUGUCGUUGCUGCAAUUGGACCAGAAGAUGCAGCUAAAUUUGAAGAACGUGGUGGACCCCGUCAGUCAGGAGGAGCGCUUGCUGAAGAUCCGGCCGCUGUUGAUGAAGCUGGCGCGGUUGGACAGCAAAACCUUUGGGCACUUGGCUACGGUCGCGACAUUUGCGCAGAACGCUGCGGACGAGAAACUGAUGGCGGGCGACGCGACUGCGAAUGGAAAUGCUUUGGGUGCUGCGAAGAACAGCCAACCCACGAUGCCGCUAGUGUAGAAGCGGAAGGAAGUGGAAUCACGCGACUUCUUCGAGAAAAGUAGACGGCUUAGAAGAAGGGGAGGUGCGCUUGACGCAUAGAAGAAGUUUUUCUUUUCGUGCAGUCUUUGGAAUUUUGCAAAUUGAAAUCGCAGAUUUAAUUUUCCGAAUGGAGAUGAAUGACUCGCUCGGAUAUUUUUUUCCUCAUUUUCGUCAUAUACAAAUACGUACCGGUUUCGGUUUCAGUUCCAGUUGCAAGAUGGAGAGUUUUUCAUUAACCCAAACCAUGGAUGACUACCACCGAGGAGCAGGACAAAAACAGUGAUAUCGACAUCGAGGAAGUAGGGUGGUGUCACCACACACUUCGGCACUUCUACUUUUUUUGUUUUCCGCCGUGGUCGGGGUUUCGUCAAUGCAGUAGCUGCUACUCGUGCUGCUCGUCAUAGAAAUUCUCAUCAAAAUCUACGCUCGAAAUAAUGUGGUGUCGUAAUGUUGCUGUUGGAUUGACUCGGGCUGCAAACAUCGAACUAGACAGGGCAUCCAUUCGUCGUUUCAACGUGACUUGAUGUACUUUCUAGUGGUGGCCUCAUCAAAAAGAAAACAGA